UAAGAUUUAUAAUUGCAACACUCACGUCAUUUAUGAGGUAAUGCUAAAAAAGUUAAUAGAAGCCUUUGUAGGAAAUUGUAAUUUUGUCCGGAUGACGAUCUCGUGGAUAUAUUUUGACUCCUUAAGGCAUAAGUGCAAUAUUUUUCUGAUACAUCAGCACGUUCAACGCAUUGUCAUUAGUCCAAUACGACAGUUGGUGCUGGACAAAAUAAGGUUGAUUUUGAAAUUUUUAAAAGAUGAAAGGAAAGAAUCAGUUAUUCUUGCUCGUGAUAGGCAUGUUGCUGUACAUCCUCGAUCUGACCUCAGACGUUUGGCUAGCUAUCCGUUAUCACAAGAACGACGAAUCGGGAUGGUUUUUCGCGACUUUAAGCGUGCUCAUCAUCGCAUGCAUCGUGACUAAUAUGGCUGUAUGUUUACACGUGUUUAAGGACACGAUCGAAGGGCCUUAUACAUGUUUGUGGAUGUUUUGCACGUGUCCCAUUCUGUUUCGCUUCGUCGAAGAAUUCGCAUAUUGGAAGCAGGCGAAUGUCGAUAUCUCUCCGUGCGGUAAGGAAUGCCAAAUUCCACGCUGCAAGGAAUGCGAAAAGCAUUUGGAAAAAAGGCAAAGAUCGCUGACGUCGACCUAUUCGCUAACGUGGCUCCAUCUUAUGCAAACGCUGACCGGAAGUGCGCCACAGUUUUGCCUUCAAAUGUACAUAAUGUUAAACCAAUGGUAUUUUCCAUCUCUUACCGUUAUCUCGACUCUGAUCUCGUUUAUUUCAUUAGCCUGGAGCAUUACCUCCCUUGAGCUAGCGAGAGAGAGCAAAAAUAAAAAUGAACUUUUCAACUUUGGUUCUAAAUUAAUCUUUCUCUCGUGGCAGAUAUUUGGCUUAAUCUCAAGGUUAACUGCAAUCGUGAUAGUUGCCCACAUACUUCGAUAUUACGUGUUUUGCGUCUUGGGUUUUCAUUGGUUCCUGGUUACCAUGGCAAUCGCUAUUCAUCGUAGAGAAGAAUUUAGCGGGGAGGGAACGUAUGCGUGCAUUUUCAUGCUAAUUACUUUGCUGUUUUGUGUCUUCCCCCUUCUGAUAUUUGCGACCGAACCCCUCCUGUCUUUUUAUAAUAAUCGGAGGUGGUAUACUUUUGUUGCUUUCGUGGUUUUUGCCAUUGAGAAUACGAUAAUGGUGGCCCUAUCGUUUGUUGUUUCAAAACUUGACGUUGUUACAUUGAGUUCGAGUCAUGAAAAUCUGUUCUGGUUCGUGGUGGCCGCGUGUGUGCUUGGUGGACUGGCUCUAGAGACUGUGUUCUUUUUAGGGUAUUACAGAUUUUGUUGUAGCCGAAAAGAGAUUGAUGCUGCCAGUAAUGAACCUGUGGCCGUAGAAGAUAUCGCAUUGGAAAACGACGGUUUUAAUAACUGCUGACCAAGGCACUUCAUCAUCCUGCGAGAAGCAUUUCUUCUUGUCAUCGUAGCUGAAAAAUUUGACGAAUAUACCGGCUCAUAUUUCAUCAGGCUAACCGCUGACAUAUUCUGGAAGAUUGGAACAAACUGGUCACUGUUCCGUUCAGGUCAAAUCAGGUGAUUUGACGAAGAGAUAAAGGCUGGCACUAGCAAUAGAAUAGAAUCGAUUUUGCUAAACCUCUUUCUUUGAAGUAUUUUAAAAAUUUGUUAGUAACUUGCGAUAGAGCCACGAGUUCAUAACUAAGUACGUCAGUACCACUGAGUCAGUACCCAAAUAGAUUACCGAUCUUAGUUUAUAACUGAUACCUCAAUGUUUUUAUCUCGUACGUCAUGUUACGUAGGUUACGUAGAGAUAUACUUGAAGUGCUAGAAAGUCUAGAUUGUUUCAAGAUUGUUGAUGUGAAAUGGAAUGCAUUGGGUGACAAAGACGAAAGACUUGUUACUUCGAUUAUAAACCGAAUCAUAGAUCAGAAAUUACUUUAAAUAUUUGUUUGAAAUUUUCACAUGCACGUUAUUAAAAAAUUUGUUUAAUUAUUAAAAAAAUUAGCCAGGAAUAAAAUGUUAAUAGAUUGUUGUGUCGACAACCAUUUAAAAUCAAAUUUGGAACAAAUUUCGUAAAUUAGCAAAGAACUUUCUUGAA